AUGGAUACAUCCUCUGCUGCAAGACCCCUACUCCCGGCCCUCCUGCUCUCUCUUCACCUCCACUGCCACCUCCUUGUCUGGGCGGCGAUGGACUCCUGCUACGAUGAGGACGGCCUGCCCAGCCGCUGCCUGCCCAAGUUCGAGAACGUGGCCUUCAAUCACAGCGUGGAGGCGUCCAACGCGUGCGGCUCCCCCCCUGAGGACUACUGCAUGCAGACCGGCUCCACGCGCUCCUGCCACCGCUGCGACGCAUUGGACCCGGAGCUGAGCCACAACUCCAGCCUCCUGACGGACUUCUACAGGAACGAGGAGCCGACGUGGUGGCAGAGCCAGUCCAUGUUCUAUGGGAUCCAGCACCCGAAUUCUGUCAACCUCACCCUCCACCUGGGCAAGGCCUUUGAGAUAACCUACUUGCGAUUGAAAUUCUACACCAGUCGGCCGGAGAGCUUCGCCAUCUACAAGCGCACGGAAGAGAGCGGGCCCUGGUUGCCUUACCAAUACUACAGCGGAUCCUGUGCGAAGACCUACCGGAAGGACGCCAAGGGCUUCAUUCGCCCGGGAGACGACGAGAGGACGGCUUUGUGCACGGACGAGUUCAGCGACAUCUCCCCUCUCAGUGGAGGAAACGUGGCUUUCUCCACCCUGGAGGGACGACCCAGCUCCUACAACUUUGACCAAAGCGUGGUGUUACAGGAAUGGGUGACCGCCACUGACCUGCUCAUCUCUUUGGACAGGAUUAACACCUUUGGAGACGAGUUCUUCAAGGACGCUAAAGUGUUACGCUCAUACUUCUAUGCCAUCUCCGAUGUCUCUGUGGGGGGCAGAUGUAAGUGUAACGGUCACGCCAGCGAGUGCGUUGAUGGGGAACACGGUGGCCUGGUCUGUUCCUGCCAGCAUCACACAGUGGGAGCCGACUGCCAGAGAUGUCACCCCUUCUACCAGGACAGACCCUGGGCCAGGGCCACUGGGGACUCCGCCAACGAGUGUCUGAAGUGCAACUGCAGCGGGAGAACAGUCCGGUGUGUGUUUGACAUGGAGCAGUACCGCAGCACCGGCAGUGGGGGGCGCUGUGCGAGCUGCAGAGACAACACCGACGGGCCCCACUGCGAGCGCUGCAGAGAGCACCACCACAGGGAGUCCUCUGAAGAGCCCUGCCUUCCCUGCAGCUGUGAUGUCGACGGCUCAGUGAGUCUGCAGUGUGAUGUAGGAGGAAGGUGUGCGUGUCGAGUCGGCGUGGCAGGGGAGAAGUGUGACACGUGUCGAGCCGGCUUUCACUCGCUGGGUCCCGGUGGCUGCAGGCCUUGUGAGUGUAACCCCACUGGGACUGUGGACGUCUGCUCUCCUCUGGAUGGACGUUGUCACUGCAAGUCCAACGUGGAGGGGCAGAGCUGUGACAGAUGCAAGCCAGGCUUUUUCAACCUUCAACAAGAAAACCCAGCGGGCUGCCAGCCUUGUUUCUGCUUUGGCCACUCGCUGGCCUGCACGUCGUCCAGUCACUUUGCUGCUGUCAACAUCACUUCUGACUUUAUGGAAGAUCAAGAUGGCUGGUUGGGAGAGUUCUCUCUGGUACAAGAGUACCCCCUGCUGUGGAAGGAGGGAGAAGUCUACCUGCUGCCUCUUAGCGAGGAAGACAUCGGUUUCUACAAAGCUCCUGAGAAAUUCCUGGGUCGCCAUGAUCACAGCUACGGUCAGCUCCUCUCCAUCACCUUCACCUCCGAGACCCCCGAGCUGCUCCCCGACCACGUCGCCCUCUACCUCCAAGGCUCGGGAAUCGACCUGUCCGCCGACCUCUCGCCCCAACCAGUGCUCCACCACAACCCCGGCCUCUCCCCGUGGCACUCCUUCGUCGUCAGGCUCCACGAGUCCAGAUUCAAACCUGCGUUGUCGGCCUUUCAGUUCCAGCAUCUCCUGCACAACCUGACUGCCAUCAGCAUCAGCAACGCCGGAGGAAGCAAUUACACAUCACAGCUUUGCGGUGUAUCCCUGACCUCGGCUUUAAUCUCCCCUGGUCCGGCCAGCCCUCCUGCUCCAUGGGUGGAAUCUUGCUCCUGCCCCCCAGGUUUCGCAGGGCAGUUCUGCGAGGGGUGCGCCCCGGGAUUCACGUGGGAAAUCCCUGCAAGGGAGUCCUUCUCAACAUGCGUGCCGUGCAGCUGCCACCAGCACGGAACCUGCCAUCCAGAGACAGGUCUGUGCGAUUGCUCAGACGCCACCACCGGGACGGCCUGUGAGCGCUGCCUGGACGGUUACUAUGGUAACGCUUUGAUUGGCACGCCUGGUGAUUGUCAGCCUUGUCCAUGCCCGGACCGUACCAGCUGUGCCCAGAUCGCGGAGACGGGACAGGUGGUCUGUACCAACUGUCCACCGGGACAGACAGGAAUGCGCUGUCAGAUGUGUGAAGACGGUUACUAUGGUGAUCCGCUGGGACAAUCUGGGGCAGUUCGGCCAUGUGUGAGAUGCGACUGCAACGGCAACGCAGACUUCAACGCAGUGGGAAUAUGUGACCGUGUCACCGGGAGAUGUCUGAAAUGCCUGGGACACACAGAGGGCGAGCACUGCCAGCGCUGCCAGCGGGGUUUCUACGGCGAUGCCCUGAGCCAGGCAGCUGGUCCGAAGUGCACUGCCUGCAGAUGCAACCCUGCUGGAACCUCAGGGCAUGUAGAUGAGUGUCACCCGCAGACAGGAGGUUGCCCGUGCCUUGCUCACGUGACCGGUCGGGAUUGUAGUUAUUGUGAAGUUGGCUUCUUCCAUCUCCAAGCCGGCGUAGGAUGUGAAAGGUGCAAGUGUAAUCCAAUUGGCUCGUCGUCCGUCGCGUGUCAUCCAAUCACAGGGCAGUGUAUGUGUCGCACAGGAGUGGAGGGGAGAUUGUGCGAUUUUUGCCGCGUGGGCUUCUUCGGAUUCUCGUCGCAAGGUUGCCGAGCCUGUAACUGUGACCCUAUGGGCUCCAUCUCCAUGCAGUGUCACAGUAACGGCACCUGCCACUGUCGCCAGGGCUUUGUGGGCUACAAAUGUGACCAAUGUGAGUUGAACUAUUUCCACAACCGAUCCACGCACCAGUGUGAGGAGUGCCCAGUGUGCUAUGGCCUCGUCAAGAAACAGGCAGAGAAGCUGAAGACUCGCCUGCAGGAUUUGGAGAAGCUCCUGGCUCACUUUGAUUGCCGUGGCAGAUCUGGGAAGCAGCACCACCUGCUGAACUAUCACCUAGCCAGGCUUUCUGAGCAUGAGCACCAGCGGGAGGACUCUCUACCCAACGCUCUGGAGGACUUCCUGGCGUUCCAAGAAGCUCGAGAGGCCUUCGUAAAGCAAUUUUCCUCGCUGGAAGGUUCUACGGGCGCACUCUUAGCCCAGCUGCAUGGCAUUACAACCACUUUGAACUGCAGCAUCAGCAUGACAGAGGAAGCGGGGAAGGAUGAAGGGAGCAGCGCUGUGUGUCAGACCUUCACAGACACUGUGCUCACGAUCACAAUAUCUCAGAAACAGCUAAAGCAGGCAAUAGUGGACCUGGACAGCAUGAUCAUUCCUUUUGACUUUGCGUCGGGACCUAACAAAUGGAACAUAAUGGUCAAUGACUCACAGGUCCUAAUGAAAAGGCACAAAGAAACAGCUGACCACAUCGAAGCGGUUGCCCGUGGGGUGGUAGGAGCCUCACAGCAAACCCUAGCCUUCCUGAUGGAUCUACUGCAGGACAACUCCACCGAGGAGUACAUCAGAAACCUAACAGAGCGAAUAACACAAAUGCAGCUGCAGAAGGAGAAUCUGACAGCGCAGGUGAACGCUACUGUUGCCAAACAGCUGUCCCUGGAGAAGGAAGCUGCCGGUGUAAACCUUGCCCUGGGUAACAUCACAUCAUCCUUACAUCAGCUGGCUCUGACAGACGCCAGCCCAUCACCAGAGCCUGACCAAACACCGCUCAACCAAACGCAUGCCACCAACCACACAACACAGUGGGGUGAGGACUUGAUUAACAAGACGAAAGAGCUGGAGCAGCAAAUUCAGACAAAAGAUGAUCUCAUCAGUAAAAUCCAAGACCGGCUGCAGCCUUUGAAAGAGGCGGUCAGAGUGAACCUGGAGAGCGUGGAUGACAUCAGUGAGCUUCGAGCUCGCGCUCAAGGUGCCAAGGUCUUGGCUUUGUCGUCCGUGGUGGCCGGGAAGGAGGUGGAAUCAGAAGCCAUUUCCCUUCACAGAGAACUAGAAAACAUGGUGAGGGAGUGGCCCCAUCGGCAGGCCCAGACCAAGGCUGCAAUGAAGAAGGAGAAACCCCUGGAGGAAAAAGUCCUGGCUGAUGUCAGGAAAAGGGUCUCGCAGAUCAAGGAGAUGAUAAAACCAGCUCUGGAAAACUCCAGCCUCUCCAGCAACAUCACAAAGGAGGCAGAACAAACAGCACAGGAUGUAGCAAAGGAAUCCAAGGCUGUGUUGACCAAGGCCAAACACACCAGGACUGCAUCCGCUCACCUUAGCUCCCACAUUGACUCUGCUUUACAACAGCUGGCUGAACAGGAGAUGCUAACUGGCAUAGUGAAGUCCCAAAUCUCCUCAGAGUCCGAUGUGUCCCUGACCAACAUGAGGGACGACAUGGAAGCAGCCAAGCUCAAGUUGGAGGCCUACUCUGACACACUAACUGACCUCAUCAGUAAAAUUGAUGCGAACGUGCCACUGGAACGCUUCGACCGGAUCCUGAAUGAGACGGCGCGUCGCCUGAGCACGCUCCGAGGAAGCGUAGAGAGCCCGACGCUGGGCUCUAAGAUCCAGAAGCUGCAGUCGGCUGCUAAGGAGCAGCAGAGCCGGCUGUCCCUCAUUGAACAGGACUUACAGGAGAUCAGGGAGGAGAGAGACAGUCUCAGGGAUAUUACUUUAAACUUGCCUCAGUCCUGCCCCCAGGCCUCAGGAGCAGGCGAAGGGUAG